GUUCAUACCGUUUAACUUUAAUAGAAAAAUAUAUAAAGAUCCCCCUUGUUCCCUUGGGAGCCAAUCAGAUUUGCGUUACACGUCAAUGCAACAGAAUGGAGUGCGGAGCUACUGCGGAUCGGUGCAUAUGGCAUUAGCGGCAAGGCUGAGAUAGGCAAGAGAGACAUUUCAGAUAUAGUGCGAGAGAGCACCAGUCACCUACUCGAGCAAAACCUUUGGCGAUACAAAUAUGAGUAGUCAGUACGACGACGAUAGCCGCGACCGAAGUGAAUGUAAAAGCAAGUCGCCCACCGUGCUUUCCUCUUACUGCAUAGACAGUAUACUGGGCAGAAGAAGCCCGUGCAAAGUCAGACAACUCGGAGCGCAAAGUUUGGCAGCACCCGUCAGAGCGGACCACAACCAGUCAACUGAAGUUACCUCUAAAGAGAACUCUUUCGAUUCGGACAUGCACCUGCCACCCAAACUGCGCCGGCUCCACGGCCCUGGAGGGAAGUACCUAGACGCCGGGAGGGGGUUUCACGAGCACCUUGAGAAGGGUGAAAGGGAAAGAUUGCUGGACCAAGCCUGUGAAAGCCUCAAAAUCAGCCAGGCACCACAAGUCAGCAUCAGCCGCAAUAAGUCAUAUAGGGAAAAUGCGUCCUUCAGCCAGGCAGAUGAAGGCCAGAGCCCCGAGCACACAGCCCAGGAGCUGGUUGAACUCAGCACUCUGAAGUUUGAAGAGGAUGUUGUCAAAGAGGAGGCGUGCGGAGACGCCAGUCUGUCUCCUAAGGAUGAAGAGAGUAUGCACAACGAUGGGGAUGUAAAAGAUGGAGAGGACAGUGUGUGUCUGUCUGCCGGCAGCGACUCGGAAGAAGGGAUGCUUAAACGAAAGCAGAGAAGAUACAGGACUACCUUCACCAGCUAUCAGCUGGAGGAGCUGGAGAGGGCCUUCCAGAAAACACACUACCCUGAUGUGUUCACCAGAGAGGAGCUGGCGAUGAGACUGGAUCUGACAGAAGCUCGCGUACAAGUUUGGUUUCAAAACCGAAGGGCAAAGUGGAGGAAACGCGAAAAAGCGGGCGUCCAGGCUCACCCAACGGGCCUUCCUUUUCCCGGGUCACUGGCGGCUCACCCCCUGAGUCACUACCUGGAAGGAGGGCCUUUCCCACCUCACCCUCACCCUGCUCUGGAAUCAGCAUGGACCGCAGCAGCUGCAGCCGCUGCUGCAUUCCCGGGUCUGGCCCCACCCCCCAACAGCUCCGCCCUUCCUCCUGCCACACCCCUCGGACUAGGAACCUUCCUAGGCACAGCAAUGUUCAGGCAUCCAGCCUUUAUCGGUCCCCAUUUUGGGAGACUCUUCUCAAGUAUGGGUCCUCUCACCAGUGCUUCCACAGCCGCAGCCCUAUUGCGCCAAACUGCAGCGCCAGUGGAGAGUCCGGUGCAGCCACCGGCAACCCUUUCAGAACCUUCUUCCUCCUCAUCCUCCACGGCUGCUGACCGCAGGGCAUCCAGCAUCGCAGCUCUGCGUCUCAAAGCAAAGGAACAUUCGGCCCAGUUGACCCAGCUUAACAUUCUGCCAUCCAGCACUGCAGGGAAGGAAGUCUGCUGAUCCUUCUCCUUAAAAACAAGAUGUUUAAGAAACCAUCUCGACUAAAAGCACGACCAAAUUCAUAUAGCACUAGCACAUUGGAGACCCUUCCGACACUGGAGUCGCCUCAUUUUCACAGCACCUCCCAAUGGACAUCAUCACCAAAAAUCACACUAACAUGCAAAACCUUUUUUAAAGCUCGUAAUACUCAUGAGUUUCUGAGUGUAAUGUAGGAAUUUUAGAGGGCAAGUUAGGGAGACUGCGUGGUCCAGUUUCUUGGGUCAGGAGGAAGCGGGAUAAAUUUACACAGAGAAGCAUCAUUGGAGCUACACUGCAAUACACACAGAACUCAUGAUCUCCUCCUAGUUUUCUCUCAGUGCUGAAGACAGAUGAGUCAAUAUGCCAAAGGGAACUGCCACAACCUGCGACCCGAAACUGACUUUUACUAAUCCUGAAACACAUGCAUUCACUCAUUGUUGGCCUCAAUAUUAGCAAAUCGAAUUCCUGAUGAUUCAGCUUUACUUUUUGUUUUGAAUUUCUUAUGUUUAAUAUGAUAUUAUAGGUGAAAAUAAUGAAAAAAGAAAUCGUUUGUUUUAAAGUAUGAACAAUGUGAAAAUUUUAAACUUGUUUACUGAUCGGUUAUGGUUAUCUUGUAUAUACAGCUAUGUUUAAAAAAGAAUGAAAGGGGGGAGAAAUGACAACUAAAUAAUAGUUUAUUUCGAAACAUGUGUAGUACUGUAGGAAUGGUUUCGAGUAGACUCAUCCUCUGUGGGUUUGAUUUUGAAAACUUUAGAUUUUUAGAUGAUUAUUUAUGUCUACCCGGUAGAGAGCUUGAAAUCCAGGCCGGGAAGUUUUGCUAUUCGGUGAGUUUCCCUGUCGCGCGCAGAGACCAGUUAAGACAGAAUAAAAGAAACUGGUGAAACUUAAACCUCCUGUAUUAUUUAUACAACAGAUAAUGCGAAUUGAAAAAGGGGGAAAUGCAUUUUUGAAGGUAAAGCCAACUGACAAAUUAUUCAGCAAUUCAUUUCGAGAAAUGACUCUUCUUGAAAACUUUAACUAAAAAAUGUAAAUUGGUAUUCUUUAAAAUGGUAACUACAUGUUCUACACAAAGCUGUUUUAAAAUUGAAUUAACUCAAUAUUUAGAUUUUCAACAACAGACAUUUAUUUUGGUGAAAUGACAUGUCCAAAAAAGAUUCGGCGAUCACGCAUUGUGAGCGUUCAUUUAUAAUAAUUGAUCAAAUCAACAUUUUUUCCAAACCAAAGCACAUCUAUUAACUAUGGCAUUUUUAUUAUGUAGCAAAUUAUGUCUUAAAUGGCCAAAUAUUCAAUGGGGAGUCCGGAGUUCCUAAUAAGGAACUAUUUAAAGUGGUCACUUAAAACGUGAAUCAAUUAACAUGGCUAUUUAGUGAGUGUGAUGGAAUCACACAAUGAAGUAUAGGCUAAACAGUUUUGUUGUGGUAGGAAUAUUUUUUGCAUGAGCUGAAAUAAAUGUAGGCCUAAAAUGAUUUUUAAAAAUUCAUAUUAAACAU